AUGGUGUUCGCGUUCGUCGCCGCCAGCAGUGGCGUGGCGACGGAGGUGCUGACAACGGUGCGGUUCGCCCACCAGGUGCUCUCCGGGAGAUGGUACACGCUGUUGGCGUGCCUGCUGAUCCUGUCGGCGUCGGGCGCGAUGUACGAGUUCGGCAUCUACUCCUGGGCGCUCAAGUCGGCUCUGGGCUACGACCAGCGUGCCGUCACCACGCUCGCCUUCUUCAAGGACCUAGGCAGCAACGUGGACGUCCCCGUGGGGCUGCUCAGCGAGGUGGCCCCGCCAUGGGCCAUCUCGCAGUUGGCGCCGCCAUGA